AUGUCUUUCUUCGGCUUUGACUCCUCCCUCCCCCGCCAUCGCGAUUACGAUCAAGAUCACGGCCACAAUCGCAACCACAACCCCGUCCACAACCACAACACUGCCGCCCCGGGCUUCUCACAGGCUGCAGACCCAUUUGCAGGCCUCUCUCGACAUGAAGAUGACGAUGAUGCACUCAACUUUGAUGAUACAUAUGAUGGACUUGGGGACCAAUUGGACGAGACGGAUGAUGCCUUCAACGACGAUACCUUUGGUGGCGGUCCCUCGGAAGCAGCUCCUAAGCCUGUAGGCAAGGACUUUGAUUUUUUCGGUCAAACUGCAAAAGUCUCGGACGCCAUCAGCGAGGAGCAGGCGCGCUUCACUCGACAGCAGCCCAUCUCGAAGGUGAUCCCGAAUCCUUCGGCACAUGCGCAGCAACAGCAGAGACCGGUACGAACUGGCUACGAACGAUAUAAUGAGCCGGAGUACGUCCCCGACAUGCAGGUUGACGCCAAUUUGUGGGGUGUUGCACCCAAACGUAAUGCGCAUGUCCCAGCUGCCGAAUCUCUUCCAACCCCUGGCCUCGUUCCUGCUGGCCGAAAGAUGAUGAGUUUGGAGGAAGUUGAGGCGGCCAUGCGAGCCCAGGUCAAGAAGCCAGCUCAAGCACAGCAGCAACAACAGUACCUAGCAACCAGCCCUGCUCAGCAUCCACAACAAUACAUUCAUCCUUCUCAACAUUCUCAGCCGUACAUUCCACAGCAGUCCCAGCCACAAUUCCCUGUGCAAGCUCGUGGUCCUCAGCGCGACGGAACGAGCCCAGCGCCAGCUGGCCAGCCUGUUCACAUUUCGCACCGAUCGCAACAGCAGCCAUCCGCGCAAUCCGCUAAUCAAGCAGGUCCAUCCCCGCCGACCUACAUCUUGCAAAACCCGAACCGUUUCCCUACUGAGCAAAACAGACCGCCCCAAGCUGGACGGAAUCCCAGUCAUCAGCAGCAACAUGGCCACCAGUCGCGACACUCUGGUUCUCGGCACAUUAUUACUCACCCUGAUCAAUUCACUACCAUGUCCGAGGAGGAGAGAGCUGUAUUUCUUUUGGAGGAAGCCAAGAGAGCGAAGCGAAAUCACAAGAUAUUUCUGCUUUCUCGGGAUAAUGGGCUGAUGACCCCUCAAGACAAGAACUUCAUUACCCGAAUCCAAUUACAACAGCUCGUCACGGCGACCGGCAAUCCCAACGAGCACGGAACCGAUUUUGGCCUGUCCGAGGAUUUCUACUACCAAGUGCAUAAUCAGAUUCGUGGAGGUCCCCGCCAACACCCUGGCCAACCGCUGAGCAACUUUGCGCAGACCUACCUUUUUCAGACUGGAGGUCGUCACGGUGGUAUGCGCCGACAAGCUCGAGGUGGUGACAACCACAUGCAGCGCAUGGAGCAACAAGUCCAACGAGCUGUUGAAGCCGCCAAGAACAAGCCCAAAAUCAAGCAGUUGGUCAUUGAGGGAAGCUUGGGGAAGAUCUCUUUCAGCAAUGCUAAGACACCAAAGCCGCUCCUCAACAUCAAGCGCACCGAUAGCGGAACUGAUGCAAACCGACCCGGAAGUUCUUAUCGUGACCGCAAAUCUCAUCUUGCCGGCGUAAGCGGUAGCGACAGAAAGACUGUUCUGGCCGACAUCGAGAGCGUUUACAACACUCUGAUGAAAAUGGAGGACCAUGAUCGGCACAUUCCUCCACCGCUCAACGAGGAUAUCAACCCAGAACUUGUCGGGCUUCACAUGAAUUGGCAAGAAAAGGCUCAAAAGCUGAACAGUCAACUCUGGUUCCAACUGAAGGUUCAUGAGCCUAUUGGCGCCACCACCACUCAUCCUUUCAUCGCUUUUUUGUCGUUUGCUAAGGGCAAGAAGGCCAUCCCCCGAGUCUUCCGACACGUCUCGCAAGAGCAACGCACCACUAUUCUCACCAUGAUCGUCAUUCACCUGGAUCAACUUGAUGUUGUUCGACAUGCAUUGCUGUUGCCAGGCGAGACCCAACUCAACGCUACGGUGCGCGAGAGCAUCGACGUCUUCUCUUUGGCGGUGAUGCCCCCUCUUUUCGGGUAUCUCAACGAGGCGGGAUUGGAUAUUGUUACAGGAGUUCUGGGACUCAUUCUGAACAUCAACGUUGACAUGAUUGCUCGGACGCGAAUUGGUGUUAGUAUGUUGACCAUGAUUUUGAGUCGGGCAGAGCUUAUCAAGCAAGCUGGAAGUGUCGACGAACGAGAGUGGCAAGAAUGGGUGGACAAGUAUAACGCAUUCUUCGAUGCUCUCGAGCCAUCCCUUCCCAGCAUCUUCCCGGGCACUGUCAAUACCGGCGAGGACAUCUACGUGUGGCAAUUCCUCGCGGCCAUUGGCAUCGGUGCGAGUCCUGAACAGCAGCAACGUCUUGUCAUGGCUGUCAAGGAUCGUGUCAUGGAAACUGUCAACCUUGCCAAGACCCUCCCUCCAGCGAUGUCGAGCCAGCGAUUGGCAAACGUCAACCUCUUUAUGCGUUCAAUUGGAUUGGAUGUUGAGUUACUUGCGUGA